UAAUACCCAACACAUUUUUAUCCAAUUGCCAUCAUCACAAAUUUUGUAUAGCCACCAAAGGGGGAGAAGCCUCACAAAAUAUUACCCAAUGGAACCACAAAGAAAGAAACCAGAUCCUCCUGAGACUCCAACUAUCAUCAUCUCUUCACCAGAGCCUCCUUCAUGUCCUCCAGCUGCUUCAGUACUGGAGAACCCAGAAGAGGAAAGAAAAGAAGAAGAAGAAGAAGAAGAAGAUGAUGAUGAUGAUGAUGAAAAAGAAGAGGAUCAAGAACAAGAGAGGGUAACUGAUCUAAACAUUCAUCUAGAACUCUCUUGCAAGGAGUCCAGUGAUCAUAAGCUCAAUCCAGAGCUCAAUCUUAUUGAUUGCUUGGACAUGGCUUCAUCAUCUCAUAAUCCUUCAGAAACUGCCCAGGAAGGCGAUGUCGAGCCCCGGGUUUUCUCAUGCAACUAUUGCCAAAGAAAGUUCUUCAGUUCACAAGCACUUGGAGGGCACCAGAAUGCUCACAAGAGAGAGAGAACCCUAGCAAAGAGAGGGCUUAAAGUAGGGUUAGGAUUACCCUUUGGCAACUCCUACUUGAACCAUAGUCACUACUCUAGCAUGGCCAGUCUUCCUCUCCAUGGUGCUUACAAUAGAUCUCUUGGAAUCCAGGUUCAUUCAAUGAUCCAUAAACCUAACUCUUAUCUACCAAGUUCUUCAGGAUUUAAAAGCUUGUAUGGUCACAGUGGAUGGUCAAGGCUUCCUCUUGAUCCACAACCAGGUAUAGGCAAGCUAGCAGCAGAACACUACCACACAACCUCGGCCACCGGCGGGUUCGCCAGAUUCAGCACGGUGAGGAUGAUGACCGGCUCUCCGGCUGAUGAGGCGAUUGGCGGUUGUUGGUGGGCAGAUUCUGGUCGCCUGAAGACUAGUCAGGAUGAUCAGAUUCAGAAGCUUGACUUGUCCCUCAAGCUCUAAGGCCCCCUUUUUUCUUAUUUGUGUAUUGAUGAUCUCAUUCAUAUGAUUGAUGUUCCAAGAAUGGGCUACAGUCACCUUUUGU